GUUUACAAUAAAGUUUGUUUUUGAAAAGUAAGAAUGGCGAAACAAACGACGUUAACACUUUGCUUUUGAUACUUAACACGCAUGUGCGUAAAAAGCUGCGCGAUUGUACUACAGUUUGCAACACAAAAAAUGAGAUUGACGUCACGUUGGUUUGCUGGUAGAAGGCCACAAAAUGAAAAUAAAGUGCCAUUUAAUGCGGUGUUGCCGCUGCAAUUAAAGGAUCGUGUAUCUUCAAAGUUUCGUAAAACUUCAGAUCGUGGAUGUUUAUACGAGAUGACCCUGCUUCUAACAUGUCUUGAUGAAAAUGCGUAUGAAGACAAACUUUGUCUCUCAAAACUUAAAUCAUUGGAAGCAUGCUACGAAAGAUACAAUGAGAAUAUAAAGCGUGCAAAGAUCGAAACGAAUGUGCCAGUACCAAACAGUAAGAAUUUAAAUUCUAAGCAAGUAACGUAUCUUUUACGACAAUAUCCAACAGUAUAGUGUUUUUUUAAUUAAUAAACAAAUAAAAAAGUUAAAAAAAAAUUUA